UUCAUAAUAGAUAAUAGAUCUGUUGUAACUAGUCGUGCAAUCUGAUCAUGUUCCUAGGACGUUUCAUGCUGUGAUGUGAAUCCUCCUUACCGGAACUUUAGAGGACGUGUACUUGUGAAUAAGGUCAAGAAUAAAGUUGAAUCAUUUGAGGAAGAAAACCAAAAAGUUCUCUCGAGCCGACGACGGAGCCAGACAAUCGCCUUUGCACCCUGCAACAAUGCGUGCAUGUUCGUUCACAUGGAGAAAUGGAGAGCUAGUCCGAAGCAGCGAUAUAUGCCCACCACCAGCAUCAGUGGAUCACCCUCGGCCCAGGCACGGCAGACAUGGUCAUCAAUGCCUCGGUGGUUACGAUUUCUGUCCAUCGGGUUCAUGAUUCUGUUCGUGUUACCCGAAAAGAUCCAGGCGACAGUGAACAUGAUCAACCAGUGCGGGCGGACUAUCCACUCAGCAGGCGACAUGAUCUUCUCACAGGGCGGGCUCUACUACCCUCCCAACAUCAACUGUACGGUUACCAUAGCAACGCCCAGUGGUGACGGUCGGGUACUCUUACAGCUUCAUGACAGUGAGCUGAUGUCGGAUGAAGACUGCAGCGAUGACUACCUCGAGAUCAGUGACAUCAGAGCAAGGGAUGACGACGGUAACGAUGUCGACUCUCGGAGGAUAUGCGGUACGACGUCCCCCAUGGAAGUGGCGUCACAGGGCUCCUCUCUCCGCAUCCAUCUGGUCUCGGAUGGGGUCGGGAGUGGGCGUGGCUGGUCCGGGGUCUUCACGAAUGUGUUACCAGCAGAUGGUUCCCUGUGCCUAGGUUACAAGAAGUUCCUAUGCAGCAAUGGUCGUUGCAUCCCGGCUGUUCUCAGAUGUGACUCGGUCAAUCACUGUGGUGAUAACUCCGAUGAAACGGUCGGAUGCGAAGACGGCCUACCAUAUUACCUGGGCGACAGGGUGCUGGAGCUAAAUGAGACCAUUUACAUUGGAAUAGCCAUCGCUUUCACCGCCGUAUUCGUCAUCUAUUUCGCCGCUGUCUGCACCCGGGACUCCUGUAAGCAAAUCAAACGCAGGGUUAAGAAAUUAAUGACCCGAGAUCAGGAAGAAGACAGUGAACCGGAAGAAGAAGGAUUGGAAGCAGAGCUCCGGCGAGCGCUGAUGGCUACCUCGUUGUACGACCGACGAGUAAGCCAGCCUUACGAUACCACCCUCAACACCAUCACCGGCGGGGAACUCGCCCGGCAGCUCAAGUUAGAGCUUCGGAAGAUCCAGGAGAACGCGACGGACUCUGAAUACCAUCGGCCAAAGUCCCAGGCCUCAAUGCAAAAGUCGAUCAAUUACAAUUAUGAUAAAAUCAACAGCACCAGUGAAUUAAUUCACCUUAUAGACAGGGAUAAUAAUAAUCAUUCUGAGCAUGGUAAUGAUAAUAUUCACUUCGUUGAUAGCCCUCAAAGCGAGCACAGAGUAUCUUUUGAAUACAUUCCAAGUGUUGUAGUGAGUGAGGACGGAGAUGAAAGCACAACGGCAGUAUUGUACGAUCCAAAUGAAGCACUUUCCAAAGGUGUGCCCAGGAAUUCCGUGCGGGGUUUAUACCAGAAACGGUUAUCCAGGACCAGUGUUUCGUCGAUUCCUGAGGAGGAAAUGCCUUUGAAAUCAGAAGGAGCUCCUACGACUGUUCGAAAUAAGAUAGGAACACCUUCCAGGUUUAAUGUUACAGCGGUUUCCGCAGAACAAUUGCCAUCUAGAUCAGACGGAGCUUCAACAUCUGAUCAAAAUCGGAAUAAAAGUGUUUCCCGUUUUGCAGUUACGACAGUUCCAGAUGAUGGAUUAUCAAAAUCAGGACGGGAUGGUACGUCCGUUCCUGUGAAAUCCACCACACCCAGUAAGCCGAGGUUCAGUGUGUCUAAGGUUCCUGAAACAGAAGUCCAGUUACCGCCCCAAAUUCAAAAGUCGGUCUCGACGCCUACCACAUCUAGAUUCAGUGUAACUUCAAUUGAUGAAAAUGAACUGAAGAGGAAAGAAGCGUCACAGACAAGAAGAGGUAGUGAUAUUCCUGGUAGAGAUAUACCAGCAGACAAAUACCUUCGAGUGCCGUCGCAUCGGAGAAGUUCUGCUGGCGUUGGAAAAACAGUAUCAUCUGUCUCCAAGCAACCAACGAGCCGCUUCAGUGUACAGUCAGUGAAAGACCCUCUUCAGGAUAAACAAAAUGAUCCAAAAGAUAACCGCCUUAAAAAUGACUCGGCAGGACAAACGGUGAUUGACUCUGGUAUAAAAUCAGACGUUGGUGAGAAAUCCGGAAAGCCAGUAAACCCUACCCCUAGUCGUUUCACAGUACAGAAAGUAGAAGAAGAACCACAGGAUACAGUACCAAAGAAACUCGUAAGCAUUUUGAAGAAAUUUGAAACCCUAUCCGACGGCACCCGGUCGUACACCAAACAAUCGUAUCGACCACGCUUUCGAAGGGCUAGCGAGGGUGCAACAUUAGACCGUCCUGAUGACGAUGCGGAUGACCUGCCGACCUCAGCUGUUACCGUCCACGGGUAUACGAGUGUCAAAUUCUGGGAUGAAAAACGGGGGAGAUACUCGCACGCAACUCAUCUAUGACAACAGUGCAUUUCACUUUGAUUAUUUAAUAAUCAAGUUGUUUAAUUCGAUCUUAUUAAGUGAAUUUAGGUGU